AUGGCUGAAGAGAUGGCUGACGAGAGGGCUGGAGAGAGAGGGCCGAGGGAGAGGGCCAAGGGAGAGGGCCGAGGGAGAGGGCCAAAGGAGAGGGCCGAGGGAGAGGGCCGGAGAGAGAGGGCCGAGGGAGAGGGCCGGAGAGAGAGGGCCGAGGGAGAGGGCCGGAGAGAGAGGGCCGAGGGAGAGGGCCGGAGAGAGAGGGCAAAGGGAGAGGGCCAGAGGGAGAGGGCCGAGGGAGAGGGCCGGAGAGAGAGGGCAAAGGGAGAGGGCCAAGGGAGAGGGGAGAGGGCCGAGGGAGAGGGCCGAGGGAGAGUGCCGAGCGAGAGGGCCGAGGGAGAGGGUCGAGGGAGAGGGCCGGAGAGAGAGCCGAGGGAGAGGGCCGAGGGAGAGGGUCGAGGGAGAGGGCCUAGGGAGAGGGCCGAGGGAGAGGGCCGAGGGAGAGGGCCGAGGGAGAGGGCCGAGGGAGAGGGCCGAGGGAGAGGGCCUAGGGAGAGGGCCGAGGGAGAGGGCCGAGGGAGAGGGCCGAGGGAGAGGGCCUAG